ACUUUCACUUAUGAUUCAGUGCCGCUGUGACGCCAGCUUCUCUCCCUCACAGCUCGUUUCCCCUUUCCGCCCCCAAUCGCAGGCUUCAGGGGUGGAAAUAAACCGAAAGCCGCUGGUGUCUUUCUGGUGCUUAAGAUCAGAGCUUGGGACUUUUCUGUGUGGAUUUAAAAGGAAGGAUUUCAAAAGCCAAGGCUUUGGAGGCACACGAGGAAGACAGCAAACUGAGAUCUCUGGCUUGAAGCCAACUUCUACAUUUACCACUCUGAAUGACCAACUCCAAGAUGACCCAGUGGAGCCUUGUCUCCAACAUGCCUCCUGAGCAGUCUGGCAGCCUCAUCGAAGAGUUUCCUCGGACCCUGAGAUGCCUGCUGGGGGACUGGUUGGAGAACCACCCUUGGGAAUUCAUCAGCUGCUCUGACCAUUUCUGCACCAUGAUGGCUGACAGUCUGCUUACUGCCAUGGUGAAGAAACUACAAGACUUGGCUGACCAAAACUCCCAGCCAGGCCCAAUUCUUCAGCUUAUUGCUGGUGUUAAGACUAUGUAUCAGAGAGACUCUUUGCUGUUGGUGAGUGUUAUAAAACGGAUCCUAGAAGGGGAGCAAGCAGUUAUUCGCAAAAAGUUCCAGCACCUGCCCGUCUGCAUCCAAAGCCAAAGGGAAGAGCUGAAGUUUGCAUUCUGUCUGCAGAGGCUUCAGUACAGAGUGCAGGAGAUCCAGGGACUCCGGGAGACCUUGAAGCCGCUGAAUGACAGCACAAGAGCUUCUCGGCAGCGAAACAUACUGGACCCACAGUUUCCAACUCAAGAGAGCCUGCAAUCCUUUCACACUCUGUUCCUUGGAACAGCCAAGGAACUAGAAGACACAAAGAAAAUGGUGCUGAUGAGAUUUCAGAUCUGGAAGAGACAACAACAGCUGGCUGGGAAUGGAACACCCUUCGAUGAGGAUUUGGGUCACCUGCAGAAGAGGUGUGAAAGCCUCGUGGAUGUUUGGUUCCAGCUCCGCCUGCAGCUGGUAGCCUCUGGAACAGAGCUGAAUGCUGAGCUCCAGUCUCGUCUUCAGGAGCGCCUGGAUAAUGUAUUCAGUGGCCUCGUCAAAAACUCAUUCCUGGUGGACAAACAGCCCAUACAAGUACUGAAGACACAAACCAAAUUUCAAGCCACUGUCCGCUUCCUGCUGGGGCCUCAGCUGCUGAAGCCUCCACAUACCAGCUUCACGGUCACCGCUGACAUUGUGUCGGAGAAACAGGCACGGGAACUGGCAACUGGACACUCUGAGACCAUCUUCAGUGAAAGCACAGGAGAAAUCGUGACCAACAAAGCUCCUCUAGAGACAAAUGCCUCAAACAACACCUGCUGUGCUGUCUUCAAGAAUAUGCUCCUAAAGAAGAUCAAGCGUUGUGACCGCAAGAGCACAGAGUCUGUGACUGAAGAGAAAUGUGCUAUUCUCUUCCAUACCAAUGUCAACCUUGGCCCCAACAAAACCACCUUCCACCUGCAGGCUCUGUCGCUGCCAGUUGUGGUGAUUGUCCAUGGCAACCAGGACAACAAUGCCAAGGCCACCAUCUUAUGGGACAAUGCCUUUUCUGAGCCUGGUCGUAUCCCCUUCGUGGUGACUGAGCGUGUCUCCUGGAAGAUGAUGUGUGAAACUCUCAACCAGAAGUUCAUGGCUGAGGUGCAGACCACUAAUGGCCUCUGCGAGGAGCACUACUACUUCUUGGCGCAGAAGAUCUUUGGGGACAGUGGCGCUGCUCGCGAGGACUUCGAGAACCGCAGCGUGACAUGGGCCCAGUUCAAUAAGGAGAUCCUUCCUGGCAGAGGAUUCACAUUCUGGCAGUGGUUUGAGGGAGUUCUCGACCUCACGAAGAGAUGCUUGAAAGAUUACUGGUCUGAUGGACUUAUCAUGGGCUUCAUCAGCAAGCAGUACGUGUACAGUUACCUGAUCAACGAACCGGUCGGCACGUUCCUGCUUCGCUUCAGUGACUCUGAGAUUGGUGGCAUCAGUAUUGCCUAUGUCACUCGCUUCCAGGAUGGUUCCUCUCAGGUGGAAAACAUCCAGCCCUUCACAGCAAAGCAACUGAGUAUUCGUUCCCUUGCUGACUGUGUUCUCGAUCUGUCCCAGCUUGAGCUCCUGUAUCCUCGCAGGCCCAAAUAUGAAGCUUUUGGGAGCCAAGCAGAGAUGCCAAGGAAGGAAAAUACACCAUAUGUUCCAGCGAGGAUGAAGAUGACUGUGGACACGCCUUGUCCCUCUACUUCAUUGGUUCAUACCCCAGGAGGCUCCACGGUGAAUCUUAAUCAUGGAAUCCAUUCUGACUCCAUUUAUCCUGAUUUCCCUGCAUACUCUUUGGGAAAUGGUUCACCUCUUCAUACAAUGGAGUCAUCCUACCCCAUGCUUCAAGCUCCGGAUAUGUCCAUGGAUAUCUGUCUGGCCAAUGACCACACCACCUUUCCAACACAGCUGCAGUUCCCUAUGCUCCCAAACCAGAUGAGGGUGCCUGGAAAUAUUUCCCCACCCUCUGAGCAAGAGCUGGUCCAACUGCUACACUGCGAGCAAGAUUUGCAUCACUGCUCCUAUAGUAUGGGAUCACCAUGCUCAUAAAACUUCACAUCCAGAAUUCUGGAGGAACUGCUAUGGAUCUUUAUGGAUCACACAGCCAUCGGGACUGGACCCACCAGAGCAGUGGUGACUGGGGCCCCCAACAUUCUUGUAGGGCACAGAAAGCUUUAAACGCAAGCCCCUCUCCUGCCUUCCUUCCACUUCUCCUUGCAAGAACCCUCAGGCAUGGUCUUCAAUCCAAGCAGUUUGGUUCCCACACCAACCACAUAUUUGCUGUUCCUGUGCUGGAUAAGACGAAUGCCAAAGGAUGGUGACCCAUUUUGCCUAGCUGGGUGUGCAGUGUGCAUGUUGUACCAGAGCAACAGCCAUACUGCUGUGGAGCAGAAGAGAGACUCACCUUCACUUGCUGUCUUCUACAUUGCUUGGUGCUGUCCUUGGGAGGAGGGCCCUGUGACUCUGGAUGCUUUGCGGUUUGCCUGUGCUAAGGCUACUCCUGAUAAGUAUAUUGUGGGUGGGUGGGAGCAUGGGUAGGUUCUUACUAUAACAUGUGCCUGCUGGUCCUCUCACACAUCUGCUUUGGAUAGCUGGGCAUGUAGAAUUAUUCCACUUGGCUCAUGUGUCAUGCUUUUCAGUGUCCGCUACUGAAGAAGAGAUUCCAUACUCUCUCCCAGAACUAAGACUCUACAAGAGCUGUAACCCUUCUCCCCAUCAAACCUGCAUUCCCUUCUUGUCAGCUGGAGCUGGAUUCCCUGUCAUGUAUAUAUUUCAGAACUGUCCAUUUCCAAAGCAAUGUCAACGUGAGUCUUGGAGUGUAAAUCCCGAGUAUUUUACUGACUCUCCUCCCUAGCAAAGAAGUGGGAGUCCUGCCUACCCCACCCGCUAAUGCAGUCCCUACCCCUCCUUGUUACCAAGGCUCUACCCCCCACCCCCCAUCUGCUGGUGUCCCUUAAACCCCAUCUCAGAUCAUGUAAGAGAAUGGAAGUAUAUCUUAAAAUAAGCCAUAAAAUAAGACUUUAUUCCCAAAUAACAAAAUAAAUAAUCUACUGUACAUUACAAAUGAAAGGGUGCUAAUUUUCUCUAGACAGACACCAAGGAAGAGGAUGGGGACUGGAACCAAUGGCAAGUGGGUUGGCUCCACUGAAGGUCAAAGGCUUUCCUGGACUCUCUGUGUUUGCACCUGUGUUUUCAAGGAAACUUUUUCUCCAGUAAAACUUGCUUCCAUACUA